CUCUGAGAACUGCUUUCAAAGGCCUUCACCUUCGACCUGUGAUGCCUUCUCAAAUAGGAGAUAGGAAGUGGCUUCAUAGAUUACAGGCAGCCCUCCAGAACUUUCUCAAGGGAUAUCCUGCAAUUGUUCGGCAACUGCAUUCAGCAGGUGAAGACAAAAGUGACACCAGUCAAAAGAAAUCCAAAGAACUUCUGGAGUCCCUUCUCCAAGCUGACAUUGUUAAAUUUGGCCACUUCUUAUUGGAUGUCAUUAAUGUCCUUAGCAUUCUGUCUGGUGUCAGUAAGAAUAGAAAUUCCUCAAUUGCUGACAUAUUUGCUACUUUAGAGUCAAUGCUGGAAAUGCUCCAAAUGUAUCAAACAAGACUAGGGCCAAAAGAACGCAUGAUGGAUUCAGCCACACACUUUCAUGGUAACUGCCUCAGAGGGAAAGAAAACAUUUCUGCUGUGAGAAACAUUGUUUUAACACAUCUUAUCAAGAGGCUUCAAGGCUGUUUCAGAGAUGCCAGCCAAAAUGUGGUGAGGGCUACAGUGAUUGGAAGUUUUAAAUUAUGGCCCACAAAGAUAAAUCAAGAAUUUGGAGAAAAAGAGGUAUCCAUCCUGACUGCACAUUAUGAACCAGUAUUAGAAGCUGCCAAUGUGAAACUUAGUGAAGUGGAUGCUGAAUGGAGCAUGUUGAAAUUAGAGAUUUAUGCCAGAUUUCCGAACAUUCGAAAAUUGACCUGAGAUUUUGUGAAUUCCAUUUACUUACACAAGUAUCCAAAUAUCCUGACACUGGUCGACCUAGUGUUGACCCUUCCUGCAAGUUCAGCUGAAGCAGAACGUGGCUUUAGUCAGAUGAAAUGGACCAAGUCACACAUGCAUGCAAAAAUCAAGGCUGAAAUUAUGACGGAUGUUCUAAUUAUUCAGUUGAAUUCUCCAGACAUUAACAAUUUUGACCCUAGGAAAGCUAUCCAUUUAUGGAAUACAAGAACACUGUCUUCAACUGGUGACGCAAGACCUGAUUCAGAUUGCUCAUCAAACUCAGAA